UCUGAUCUCUUCACUUAGGCGCAUUCAAGAACUUAAAUUAAGAGAUUGGUAUAGAGCAAUAAUGGCGACAGUAGAGGUGAAAGAGAGGAAGACAGUUUCAAUGGCAGUGGAUCCUAGUACAGUUUUUGAAACAGGAAAAUUUGAAGUAACUUCCAUUACUGUGAAAACAGGCAUAUUUUCAGCUUCAAAGCCAUUGUUUAUCUUCACACCCACUAACCCAGGUUCGUAUCCUGUCAUCUUGUUCCUUCAUGGCUUCUGCUGCAUGGGAUCCUUCUACUCUGAUCUCCUCAACCUUAUAGCUUCCCAUGGCUAUGUAAUUGCUCUCCCACAGUUGUACGUGAUGCCAACCACAAGUGAAAUGCAAGAAAUAAAGUCAGCAUCAGAAGUGAUAGGAUGGUUGCCGUCGGGACUUGACCCAUUACUACCAACCAACGUGAAAGGAGAUAUUUCAAAGCUAAGUCUAGUAGGCCACAGCCGAGGUGGCAAAACAGCUUUCUCCUUAGCCUUAGGCUACGGCCGCCCUUCCCUCCCCUUCUCCGCCGUGAUCGGCAUCGACCCAGUCGCCGGAACCAAAUGCUUCCAGCCCGAGCCCCACAUCCUGAACCCCAUCUCCGAUCCCUUCAACAUUUCCGCACCCAUCACAGUCAUUGGGACCGGGCUGGGUCCUAUGUCGGCGAGCCCGGUCACAUGCCCCUGCGCCCCCAAGGGCUUCAACCACGUUGCGUUUUUCAAAAAGUGUAAGCCCACAUGCGCCCACUUUGUGACGGUGGACUACGGCCACAUGGACAUUCUGAACGACAACCCGCCUGGGAUUACAGGCCUUUUCACGAACAUUGCUUGUAAGAAUGGGAAGGGCCCAAGGGAACUUAUGAGGAAGUGCUGCAGUGGGCUUGUGAUUGCUUCUUUGAAGGCUUUUGUUGAGAAUGAUGAAUCUUUUCUCAAUGCUAUUUAUGUUGACCCUUCUAUUGCUCCUGUUGACCUAAAUCCUGUGGUGCUUAUUUACAAAGCGACAUCCUCUCCAUAAAUUUCCAAUUCUCUCCCACCUCUAAUGUUUUUGGACUUCAAUUAUUCUGUGACAUAUAUAUUCAGCUUUUUGAAAAGUUGUUAGAAAUAAUACUCAAAAUUAAAUAAAAUGCAGAGUUCAACGAAUA